GCUCAGAGAGCGCCCAGGACACACCACCAGCAGCACAGGCAUAGCCAGCGCGCCGCUUGGACAGGUUUCACAGCCAGCAGGGGAGAUGGCGUUUGUCCCGGAUUUAGACAUGCUGGAGAACAGCAGCCUGAACGAGGAGACCUUUUACGGACUUGACUACCCAUGCGUGCAGAAGAAGCCUCGCCUGAGCUCAGAGCUGAAAUUGUCCAGCCAGAGCCCAUCGAAGGUGGACAUCCAGGUGACACUCACAGAGGGACACCCAACCAAGACCUUCCGCCAGGCCGCUGUCCUCAUGGUGGCCAUGACCAAACUCUUGAAACGGCCGUCGCACCACGACUUCGCCGACAGCGACCUCGGGAGCUUCCUGGAUGCCGUUUUUGAGCCCAUCCCCUUCCAGCGGUGUGACAGCAGCUACUCAGGGGCCCCCGUGUACCGCUACACCCGCUCGCAGUCCUUUGACAUCCUCGACAUCAACCACAAGAGCUUCGUGCUGGAGUCGCCUACCCAGCUCGUGGCCCUGCACCUGCAGGGCCCCUCCGCUGGCCGGAAAGUGAAGCUCAACAUCGCUCUGUACCGCCCCAAGAGCUCGCCGGGCAAUGGUGGGGCCAUGCAGAUGCCCGUGGCACUAGGCAUCAAGGGGUACAAACUCUACAUGUCAUGUGUGAUGAGCGGUGCCGAGCCCACACUGCAGCUGGAGGAGGCUGACGUCACCAGGGACAUCGACAGCUUCGAGCUGACCCGCUUCAUCUUCUACCGCCUGGACAGCCCGGCGGAGGGCACCACACGUUUCGAGUCGGCUGCCUUCCCCGGCUGGUUUGUCUGCACCUCGCUGCAGCCCAAGCAGCCCGUGAGCAUCACCAACCAGCCCGACGAGGUGAACAUCACCACGUACCGGCUGACCAGGCACUGAGCUGCCCCUGCUCCAAACCAAACCAGCAGUCACUGGUUUUCAGGCCGUAUGUACCAAGUACAACCCAGUUUCCCCGUGCGGCUGGGACCUGCUGCCUUCCCUGCCCCACGGAAGAUUUAUUUCAUGUGAAAUAGCAGCUCUGGGCCCUGUGGGCCUGAGUCGCAGUUAAUUUAUACUUAAUUAUGUUGGUCCAUUGCUUUUAACUUAAACAGCUUCUUAAUUUAACUAUUGUAUUUUUAUCA